AUGUUCCUUAAACUUAUUAUUAAACCGAUUCCUCUUGAUUUUCCACUUCGUUUAAUAUUUGACCAUCCAAUCUUUAAGAAGUCCAUUAAAGAAGAUGUUCGCAAGUUAAUUGGUGAACAUCUUGUUGUUGAAGUAAAUGACAAACGUAUUUAUGAUGAAUGUUUGAAGAUUGGUGCUUUUGAAGUAAUGAUCAGUGGUGAGCGUUUAACGUUACGUAUACUUCCAUAUAGAACUCUCGAUAAUCCUGGUAAUAGUGAGGUUAAUGUCGAAAAUUGGUAUGGCGCACGAAUGCAAAAUCAUAAACCUGAUAUAACACAAUUUGAUUCUCGUCAUCCAAUCUUUCGUUAUAAAUGGAAUUCAAAAAUUUGGCUUGAUCAAUUCAUGCGCAAUAAAAAGGAACUUGAACAAAUAACAGAUCAAGAUGAACGUCGUCAAAAUGAUUUUAUUCGACGUAUGCUUCGUGUUACUGUCAUGUUAAAUACAAUGGCAACGAUGCGCAAACGUAAAUACAUUUCAGAAGAUUCUAC